AUGCUUGACCCUAUCAACCAAGAGCCGGACGCGUUCUCAUCGCCAACAGAUCAGCCGCAUUCCUUGCUAGAUUUACCACCAGAGAUCACGGUCAAGAUCUGGAGAUAUGCUCUUGUCAUCCCAGAUGCCAUCAAGAUACACUGCCAUCCCGAUACGGAAUCGGUUCUCUUUGAAGGUGGAAAGCACGACCCAGAUGCGCAAAUACGCCUUCGUGACCAGCAAUUGAACAUACCAGUGUCUCUUCUACCGACUUGUCGGCGGGUAUACGAUGAAGCCAUAUCAUUGCUGUACGAGGAGAAUCUCUUCGAAUUCGAUGCUUUAUAUUCACGAUUCCCGCCGCUCACGCAGUCAUCCUUCGUCAUUCUCCCACGGAGUAGGAUGUUCGCAUUGGAGAGGAUCAGUAUCGGCACACCAUGGUUCGACGCCAUGACAUUAAACGGGUACACCAACCUACACACCAUCAUUUUCAGGCUCUCAGGCCAAAUCUUCCUCGCACGCGCGGAUCUCCCUGGUCGUGAUCACCCACGCACUAUCCGCCGUCCACCAACUACUAGGCCUAAAGCAGAUCGUCCGGUAUACACAAUGCCAGACGAGCCCAACGGUGAGCUCGAUGACGAUGGGCCAGACCAGUAUUACGAGACACUCCGCGAAGUCGACGAUGAUGCUGUGAUCGCAUACGCACAGCGGGAUUAUGAGUAUAGCAGUGCGUACUACAAUAACAUGGCACUCAUGUGCCGUGGCAUUUCACCGUCAGUCGAAGUCUUUUUCAGCUUUCUGUUGCAGCACUUGGAUCCUGCUUCGGUAUCGAGAUUGGAUGAAGCAGUUGGUAGGCAGGUUUUGAUCCCAGCCAGGAAGAUCCUGAAAUUCACCGACCUUGAUGCUGAAGACCGCGCUGCCAUCAGGGAGGAGAUGGCUGAGCAUAGAAAUCUUUGGGGUGGGUUGUCAACUCUGGUUGUUCCAUGA